CUUGGCUUUACAGGGCUGAGUUUAUUACAAGGAGAUGAGCUCUACACGCAAGUACAGCUGGGAAACCGAUUUGGAAAAUGGCAGCAACUCUGUCGCGGUCCGUCAGUAGUUCAUCAAGGAUGGAUGCAUGGCGGUAUGUUAUUGUAGUAGCGAAGUUCAUGUGCCAUUUCAUGGCCAUUGGAUUGGUCAAGUCGCUGUCAGUUCUUAUCCCUCCGCUGGUCAUCCAACUCGACAUUGAGCAAGCGACCGCUGGCCUUCUAGUUUCAGUGCAAUUUGGAGUGUAUUUGAUUGCUAGUCCGAUCAGCCUCUUUUUCGGUCGGAAGUUUGGUAAUCGUCUGGUCCCAACGGUAAGCUGCUUUCUGUCGACAAUCUCGCUCCUCGCAGGAACAUUCAGUCAAACAGCCACCCUCUUUGGUUGCUCCUUAUUUUUCACAAGUCUUUGCCUUUCGCCAUGGAGGCAGAUAUCAAGUGAAAUCCUUCAUCAGCACUUCGGAGAAGGGUUUGGACUAGCUACAACAAUAACCCAUCUGGGUGACCACCUCGGGAAUUUUUUAAUGCCGUUCCUGACCUUGACGUGUUUCGAUGCCUACGGACUCAGGGGAAGUUUAUUAAUCCUGACUGCCGUGGUGUUUCACGGGGUACCUAUGGCAGCCACAUUGCGACCUCCACGAUAUUCAGAGGGUAGAUCUGAAGAAGGUAUUGAUAGUCGAGAGGACGAUGCUAAAGAUGGCGUAUUUGAGCCGCUUCAGCCACAUUGUAGCAGUACUGCGGACAGUGCCAAUCAGACUCGGAAUGAUAUAUUCCCAUCAGACUCCACUGAUUUAUCCACGAAUAUUUUGAAGCAACCGGUGAGGCAUGGGUUUGAUCAAGAUGUUGUUAAUGACUGUGAAAUUGAUCCGCUUAAAUCAGGUAGCUAUGAGAUGGACAGUGCCAACCAACCUGAGAGUGAAGGAAUCACAGUAGAUGCAGAUUUUAUGUCCCCUAGGUCAAAUGAACCAAAUGAUACACGGAAUCUACUGCAUUCAGCUUACAACUUGAUAGGUAAUGUGGUACAUGAUAUGUUCAGCUUCGCGAAGAAGGAAUGUGUUUUUACUUUUCUGUUGCUUCCCUGUCAAGUUUUGUUCGAUAUAUCAUACUGCUGUUGGGAAGUGUUUCUCUUCUCUUAUGGAAUAUCCGAAGGAUUGACUAAAUAUAAAGCCGCCUACCUUUUGGUGAUGGGUUCCAUUGGGGGUAUCAUGGGACGGCUUUUACUUAUCGCAGUCCUCUACAAGCAUCCAUUACUGACCACUCACCUCCUGACAUUGAAUCUCGCAGUAUCAUCAUUUGCACUCCUAGCCUAUCCUAUCAACUCGUCUCUGACAUACUUGUUAAGUAUUUCCUUCGUUGCUGGCUUUGGAUUUUACGCUUCCUACUCUGCACUAUUCGGUACUUUCCCACUGAAAGUGCAAAAGGAGAAUUUUCCGAAGGCCAUGGCGUGCUCUCUGAUGCUGUGCGGAACUGCAUAUCUUAUCUCAGGAUUGCUCGCAGGUUUCCUGUACAAUAUGUUCGGUUCAUACCGGGUUGUCUUUCGCAUCUUAGGGAUCAGUCUUGCCGGGAUCUGCAUGGUCAUCUUGAUUUACAUCUUCGUUGAUUCGGUACGAAGUAAGAAGAGAGCACGGUCAAGAUUAGAGAGGAAGUAGAGGUCAUUUAUAUACGCGAUCGGAACAUUAUCAUGUUAUUCAUGCUCUUUACUAUUCGAAAAGGACUAAAGAUAUUUCAGCACAAUUACGAUAAUACAGGUGCAAUAGUUUCUGGGGUUGGUAGCGUCAUACAAAAAAGGAGGAUUGUGAUGAAGAGGUCGUUGACGUCAUUCCCCUUCCAUGCACAUAUUGCUUUCUGAACGAGUGUAAUUGCCAUAUUGCUGCUUGAGACAAUUCAUUCGUUAUCAUCAUUUUUGUAAUCACAUUUCAUUAAUAAAAACAAAAACCCAAAAUUGAA